AUGGAUAACAAAAAGAAGAAACAUCUGAACGUAGUUUUUGUUGGCCUAAACAAUUCUGGUAGAUCCACUUUCCUCACUCAAUUACUAUGUAGAUGCGGUGGAAUUGAUAAACGAACGAUGAUGAAAUUGGAACGAGAUGCAUUACAACUCGGAAUGACUUCAUUGAAAUAUUCUUGGAUUCUCGAACAAUUAAAUCGAAUGCGGGAACGAACUCUGUUCUGCAUUUNAUUGAAAAUUAUAUUGAAAAAAUUAACAUGUAAUUAUCAAUCAUCACCAUAUGCGUUUGAAAAUUCCUUUGGCCGUUUAUUAUUGUAUGAUGCUCUUGGAAUAUCACUGAUACUUAUUGGUGAAACAGCUGAAGCCUUGCACUGGCUCAAUGAAGCAGCAGAAUUACAGUUAAACAUGAACUUCAUCGACGAUGAAGCUUCGUUUAUACGUUCUUUUAAUAUAGCUUGUAUUCACAGAAAAAUGGGGAACUAUGUAGCAGCGUGGAAUUUAUGUAAAAACAUGCUAAAGCGUGAUCCUCAACCUUUUGACAUAUAUGCUCAAAUUGCUCAAAAUGAUGUACGGUUUAUUGAUCAAAGUGCACAGGAUUUACCGGAAUAUAUCGAUGAAAUCAUAGAAGGUUACAGAAGAAUCAGCUGGGACGAUGAAAACGCAGUCAACUAUCUUGAAAAGAUAGUUUCUAUUUUAAUGACAUAUCGACCUAAUAAUAAAUAUGGCAUUCGUGUGACCUACGAAGCUAUUGUAAAAGAAUAUGAAAAACAAAUGGAUUACUGCUCAGCAAUCGAAUGGUCGAAGAAACUUGUACAAAUCAAUAAAGAGAAUGACGCGAUUCACACAUAUUUAGAAAUUGGAAGAUUCUAUGGAGAACUCAACGAAUUCCAAACAGCAUUCGAAUACCUGGAAAAAUCGUUAGAUUUAUGUGUGAAAGUAGACAAUGAAGGUACUUCGAAUAAAAAUCGGAUUAUCUGUAAUCAAUAUUUCGCAGAUAUGUAUUUGAAAAAAGGGAAUUUUGAUGAAUCUAUUGAAUGGAUUGAGAAGGCAUUGAUACAAUUGAUUAAAAUAAGGGAAAACACCGUCACGCCAUGGCAUCUUUCGACGAUAGAUCAUCAAAUUGAUAAUCUACGAGAAAAGAUUCUGCAAAUUUCCUGUCAUCAAGGUAAAGUCAUAUCACUAUUCAAUAUAUUUCUGUAA